AGGGGAAUCCCCAAACUGUUCUACAAGAUCGAAAUGCUAGAGCACAAGUACGGGGGCCACCUCGUCUCCCGCCGCGCCGCCUGCAAGAUCCAGACGGCCUUCCGCCAGCACCAGCUCGGCAAGAACUUCCAGAAGAUCCGCAACUCCCUGCUGGAGAGCCGCCUGCCCCGGCGCAUCUCCCUGCGGCAGGUGCGCGUGCGCCACGCGGACGGCGCCUCGGCCGAGCGCGCGCUGCUGGAAGGCUACGACUUCGUCCCGCUGGCGCGCUCGCCCUCGCUCCCCGCCACCAUGGGCAGCCUGACCCACCUGGAGGACUCCUUCAACGAGCAGGUGCAGUCGCUGGCCAAGUCCAUCGACGACGCCCUCGGCAGCUGGAGCGCGGGCGGCGCGUGCUCCGGGCCGGGCGGCGGCACUUACCGGUUCAGCGAGGCCUUCAGAGCGCCGGGCGGCGGGGAGCCGGGCGCGGGGCCCGCGCGGGAGGGGGGGGAGGCGGGGGCCGACGGGCUGUCGCUCAGCGCCAGCAAGCUGAUGAUGGCCUUCCGCGACGUGACGGUGCAGAUCGACAACUUCCACGUGUCGUCCGCCCCGUCCGCCGCCGUCGCCGUGGGCAACUGCAGGGAGGCCCCCCGGGACGAGGGGCCCCCGGACCCCGCGGCGGACAGCGGGGACGAUGACGACGACGACGACGACGGAUUCCCCGCCCCGCCGCCCAGCGCGGAGGAGCUGGCCCUGGAUAGGCUGGAGCCCCCGGAGGCGGAGCCGGAGGGCGGGGCGGGGCCCGGCGCGGGGGCGGGGCCCGGGACGGGCGUGGAGGCGGGGCCGGAGACGGAGGCGGGGCCCGAGGCGGAGGUGAAGCCCCUGCAGGACGCGCUGGAGGCCAAGCGCAGCGAGUCGGACACGGCCGAUAACAGCUCCGAGCAGAUGAGCAGCAGCAGCACGUCCACCUCCGCCAAGUCGGCCUCCGAGGCCUCCUCCAAAGAGGCCCUGCAGGCCAUGAUCCUCAGCCUGCCCCGCUACCACUGCGAGAACCCGGCCAGCUGCCGCUCCCCCACCCUGUCCACCGACGUCAUGCGCAAGAGACUCUACAGGAUCGGCCUCAACCUCUUCAACGUAAACCCUGACAAGGGCAUCCAGUUCCUCAUCUCGCGGGGCUUCAUCCCGGACACGCCCAUCGGCGUGGCCCACUUCCUGCUGCAGAGGAAGGGCCUGAGCCGGCAGAUGAUCGGAGAGUUCCUCGGCAACAGCAAGAAGCAGUUUAACAGGGACGUCCUGGACUGCGUGGUGGAUGAGAUGGACUUCUCCGGCACGGAGCUGGACGAGGCCCUGCGGAAGUUCCAGGCCCACAUCCGCGUCCAGGGCGAGGCCCAGAAGGUGGAGAGGCUCAUCGAGGCCUUCAGCCAGCGCUACUGCAUGUGCAACCCGGACGUGGUGCAGCAGUUCCACAACCCCGACACCAUCUUCAUCCUGGCCUUCGCCAUCAUCCUCCUCAACACGGACAUGUACAGCCCCAACAUCAAGCCCGACCGCAAGAUGAUGCUGGAGGACUUCAUCCGCAACCUGAGAGGGGUAGAUGACGGGGCAGAUAUCCCGCGGGACAUGGUUGCUGGGAUCUACGAGCGCAUCCAGCUGAGGGAGCUCCGCUCCAACGAGGACCACGUUACGUACGUCACCAAGGUGGAGCAGUCCAUCGUGGGCAUGAAGACGGUCCUCUCCGUGCCCCACCGGAGGCUGGUAUGCUGUAGCCGGCUCUUCGAGGUCUCCGACGCCAACAAGCCGCAGAAGCAGGCCGCCCACCAGAGGGAGGUCUUCCUCUUCAACGACCUCAUCGUGAUUCUGAAGCUGUGUCCGAAGAAGAAGACCUCAGCCACCUACACCUUCUGCAGGGCCCUGGGGCUGCUGGGCAUGCAGUUCCACCUCUUCCAGAACGAGUACUACCCCCACGGGAUCACGGUGGUGUCGCCUGUGCCGGGCUCGGAGAAGAAGCAGGUGCUCAACUUCUGCGGCCAGAGCGCCGAGGAGCUGCUGAAGUUCGUGGAGGACCUGAAGGAGUCCAUCGCCGAGGUGUCGGAGAUGGAGCAGAUCCGCAUCGAGUGGGAACUGGAGAAACAGCAGGGGGACAAGACUCAUUCUUCCAAAAACAACGGCACACAGCUGGACCUCCGAGGGACGCAAGCUUCCCCACUGGGUAAGCUGGACCUGGAGGAGAAGAGCGGGAGCAGCAUCAUGGAGGUGAGUGGCUUGCACAGGGAAGCCCCAGCACAGGUGAGUGUCUCUGUGGCCGUCCUCACCUGAGAGGGU